CACAGUUGCACAUCUGAACUAUCUGAUCCUGUCGAGAGGAAAGUGAGAGAGCACUACUGUACUAGUGCGUGCUUUCGCGACUCCGCGAGUGAGGUAACAGUACUUCCAUUUGCCUUCGCUGCAUCCUCGUCUUCCAUCCCUCCCGUGUGCUGCAGCGCUGCUCCGUCUCUUUCCGCCAUGGACGGGCAGCUUCGCCACUAGAAGAACAGUGGCUCGCCUUCUUCUUCUCCCCCAGGAGCUUCGUCUGCGGGCACAAAAUGAGUCUGGUUAUGUGGCACUGGUUUUUCUUCUUCUUCACUUUUGUUUCAUCAUCAUGGAGUUUGACAUCAGAUGGUCUAGCCCUUCUUGCUCUGUCUAGGGAUCUCAUAUUACCUCCUUCCAUAAGUUCCAGUUGGACAGCUUCUGAUGCAACUCCUUGUAAAUGGACUGGUGUUUCCUGCGACAAAAAGAAUGAUGUGAUUUCUCUUGACCUGUCAUCUUUUGGAGUUUCUGGUUCUCUAGGGCUCCAAAUUGGAUUUAUGAAGAACCUACAAGUACUUAGCUUGUCAAAUAACAGCAUAUCUGGUUCAAUCCCUCAUGAUUUGAGCAACUGCAGCAUGCUUAAUCAAUUGGAUUUGUCCAUUAACAAUUUUUCUGGUGAGAUACCAGCAUCCCUUGGCAACAUUAAAAAACUGCAUUCACUUUCUUUGUACAGUAAUUCCCUCACUGGCGAAAUACCAGAGGGGCUGUUCAAGAAUCAUUUUCUGGAGGAACUUUACCUCCAUUUUAAUAAUCUCAGUGGUUCUAUUCCCUCAGCAAUUGGAGAAAUGACUAAUAUUAGAUACCUAUGGUUGCAUAGCAAUAAAUUAUCUGGAGUUCUACCAGAUUCACUUGGCAACUGCACCAAGUUGGAGGAGCUCUAUCUACUAGAUAAUCAAUUCAGUGGGAGUUUUCCAAAAACCUUGAGCCAUAUCAAAGGACUGAAGGUAUUUGAUGUCACCUCAAAUACUUUCACAGGUGAGAUAACAUUCAGUUUUGAGGACUGCAAGCUGGAGAUAUUCAUAUUGUCAUUUAAUCAGAUCAGCGGCGAAAUUCCAUCAUGGCUAGAGCAUUGUAGCAGCUUGACACAGCUUGCACUUGUCAACAAUAAUAUCUCAGGCGAGAUUCCAGCAUCUCUUGGCUUAUUGAGAAACCUCUCUAAACUUUUACUUUCUCAGAACUCACUGUCUGGGCCAAUUCCUCCUGAGAUAGGUAACUGCCAGUUGCUGGUGUGGCUGGAGUUGGAUGCAAACGAGCUCAAUGGCACUGUUCCUAAAGAGCUAGCAAAUCUGAGCAACUUAGAGAAACUCUUUCUGUUCCAAAAUCACCUAACUGGGGAGUUCCCUGAGGAUAUUUGGGCAAUCAAGAGCCUGGAAAGUAUCCUUCUCUAUGAAAACGGUUUUACUGGGAGGCUACCUCCAGUGUUAGCUGACCUGAAGUUCCUGCAGAACAUUACACUGUUCAAUAAUUUCUUCUCUGGAAUCAUACCACCGGAUUUGGGUGUUAAUAGUCGUUUAACCCAAAUUGAUUUCACAAACAAUAGUUUUACUGGUGGAAUACCAUCUAACAUUUGUGCAGGCAAAAGAUUGAGAGUCCUGGACUUGGGCUUUAAUCUUCUAAAUGGUAGCAUCCCAUCCAAUGUUGUGGACUGCCCAGGUUUGCAACGAAUCAUUCUGCAAAACAAUAAUUUAAGUGGGCCCAUUGCACAAUUUAGAAACUGUGCAAAUCUUAGUUAUAUAGAUCUGAGUCAUAAUUCCUUAAGUGGAAACAUUCCAGAAAGCUUGGGUAGAUGUGUAAAUAUUACGAUGAUAAACUGGUCAGGAAACAAGCUUUUUGGUCCAAUACCAGCUGAAAUUGGAGACUUGGUGAAUUUGAGAGUGCUAAACCUCUCACAUAACAGCCUACAAGGUGUGCUUCCAGUGCAAAUUUCUAAUUGUUCCAGGCUGUACAUGCUUGACUUGAGUUUCAACUCUUUGAAUGGUUCGGUACUCACAACAGUAAGCAACCUUAAAUUUCUGUCACAACUACGGUUGCAAGAGAAUAAAUUCAGUGGGGGCAUACCUGAUUCCCUCUCACAGUUGGAUAUGCUUAUUGAGCUGCAACUUGGUGGCAACAUUCUUGGGGGUUGUAUCCCUUCGUCGUUAGGAAGGUUGAUAAAACUGGGCAUUGCCUUGAAUAUCAGUAGUAAUGGACUUGUUGGUGAUGUUCCACCACUAUUGGGGAAUUUGAUGGAGCUGCAAAGUUUAGAUUUGUCUCUUAAUGACCUCACUGGAGGACUUGACAUGUUAGGAAACUUACAAGUAUUACAUGUAUUAAAUGUUUCCUACAAUAGAUUCAGUGGUCCGGUCCCAGCAAAUCUUCUGAAGUUUCUGGUUUCCUCACCAAGCUCCUUUAAUGGCAAUCCAGACCUCUGUAUCUCUUGCCAUACCGAAGAUUCUUCUUGCAAGGUUUCUAAUGUUUUGAAACCUUGUGGAGUGACCAAAGGAGGACACAAACAAUUCAAGAUUGCUGUUAUAGUUAUUGGUUCUUUGUUUGUUGGAGCAGUUGUUGUACUUAUACUGAGCUGCAUUCUUUUAAAGUUUCAUCACCCAAAGGCGAAAAGUGAAGAAGCAGUCAGUACUUUGUUUGAAGGCUCUUCUUCUAAAUUAAAUGAGGUUAUAGAGGCUACUGAAAACUUUGAUGACAAGUAUAUCAUCGGUACUGGUGCUCAUGGAACUGUUUACAAGGCAACACUAAGGUCAGGAGAAGUAUAUGCUGUGAAGAAGCUUGCAAUAUCUGCACAGAGAGGUUCGUAUAAAAGCAUGAUCAGAGAAUUGAAGACAUUAAGUAAAAUUAGGCACCGGAACUUGAUAAAACUGAAAGAAUUUUGGUUAAGAAGUGAGUAUGGGUUCAUGCUUUAUGUUUAUAUGGAGCAAGGUAGCCUUGGUGAUGUUCUGCAUGGGAUCCAACCUCCUCCAAGUUUGGACUGGAGUGUGCGCUACAACAUAGCUCUUGAUACUGCCCAUGGCCUAGCAUAUCUACACGAUGACUGUCGCCCUGCAAUCAUUCACCGAGAUAUUAAGCCUGGAAACAUACUUUUGGACAAGGACAUGGUUCCACAUAUAUCAGAUUUUGGCAUUGCAAAGCUCAUGGACCAAUCUUCUGUUGCUACAGAGACCACUGGAGUUAUUGGCACCACUGGCUAUAUGGCCCCAGAGUUGGCAUUUUCCACCAGGAGUAGCGUCGAGUCUGACGUAUACAGCUUCGGCGUUGUGCUACUUGAGCUGCUAACAAGAAAACAGGCCGUGGAUCCUUCGUUCCCCGACAACAUGGACAUCGUCAGCUGGGUGACUUCCACGCUCAAUGGCACCGACCAAAUUGAACUCGUCUGCGACCCAUCUCUGAUGGAGGAAGUCUACGGCACCGUCGAAAUAGAGGAGGUUAGGAAGGUACUGUCUUUGGCUCUUAGAUGCACAGCGAAGGAGGCGAGCCGAAGGCCGGCAAUGGCCGAUGUUGUGAAGGAGCUGACCGAUGUCAAGCGCUCUGUUGGGAAGUUGUCGAAGCCGGAGAAGACGGCCUCCCCCAGCUCACACUGACGGUAGAAUUCUUGGUGUAGCCAAAGUCUGCUACCGAGCUAUUUCUGGUGCAGUUUUAGCUGUGUGAAUGAAGUGUAGAGUGUUGUAACCCCGGUAAUCUGGUGCACUAGGAUGGUUGAUUAGUUUUAGCAAAUAUUCAGUUUUGAUUGGGGCAGUUUAGUUUAUUCCUAACCAUUUUUGUGGAGUGUAAUGACUUGUAUGUAUGUGUAACUGAAUGUAGCCUUGGAAUCAUGUAGUAGCUUACAAGAUCUGAAAGGUUUUCUCUGCCUCUACACUGAAAGGAGGUGCUCAUUGUUAGGGUUGAUCACGCAUCUACCCCUUGCUAACUUUACCAAUCAAUCUAGAUAAGUACAGAGGGAGUACUUACUGUAUUAUUUGU